AUGCAUCCGGGGGCGGAUCCUUGGCCUCGGCGGCAUUUAAAAGAAGAGAAGCCGUGUUCGAAGCCGCUUUCCCUCAGCCUUUGCACAACUUUCCUCUCCGCCAAAAGUACUGUAACCAUGAAGAGUGUUGUCGCGGUCGUACUUGCCCUCAUGGUAGUCGCCGGCCUGUGUACGGCACAGAAACCGCACUGUAGGUUUAGGGCUGGUAUUUGGUUCUUUAAAUUGGUUAUUUAACUUUUAUUUUGAUUUUUGAAAGUUGCUUUUUAAGGAUAACUUAUAUUAAAGUCAGCAUAAUUAGAACAGUAAAAUACGUUUUGUAUUAUUUUCGUAUUUUAACGCUGUCUCAAGGAUCUUUAGUCCUAAAAAAGAAGUAAAUAGGCGUGAAAAUCUUUAAAAAACCAUAAUUUUUCUUUUGGCAUUGUCACCAAAUCUCUAAUCUUUGGUUUAAAACUGUGAUAACUCAAAAUUUUAACUUUUGAUCUUUCCCAGUUCCCUCCCAUUCUUAACCAUAACUGUUUCUGAUAACAUCCUGGCACCAUAUACAUCAUGUGACAUGUGCCAUAAAACUUUAAAAUCCCAUAAAUCAUGUACUAAUCGGCGUCAUUACAGCCCGCAAGGCUGAACUAUUGGAAUCCAAUGACGAAAUGCUAGCACGGAUCCAAGGACAACUACUAAACGCACUAGAGAUGCUGCAGGUGUAUCAAGAAGGUAAAUAAAUAUUCUUGUUUUUCGUCGCAGAAUAAUUAAAGUAUAUAUACGGAUACAAAAAAUAUUUUUCUCCCUAUGUUUUCCAUGUGUACACAACUACAAGCAUAAGGUGUAUUAUCGGACGAGAACAACGUAGUUAAGAUAGUAUGAUUCUGCAAAUAACCUUAGUACAAAAAUAAGCUUAAAAGAUCACUUUCAAAUACUAAAACUAAGUUACCAACCUAUACCUUUUAAAUUUUCAUCUCUCUUUGCGCACGUUUGUUGCAGACCAAAUUCUACAUACUUCUUGACCACAAACUAACUUUUUCUUAAAGCUUUUUAUACAAAUAAUCUUCCCAUAUUGUAAUCAAAAAAAUCUUUGAUCAUUCCAUACCACAACGACCUAUUAUACUAACCAUACCUAUUCCAGGACCCGAGACACCGCAAGUCGUAGGCAUCCCAGCCAACCAGUUGAAAUUCACAGAGAAGAGACGCAACAAAUUCGAAUUCAUCCGAUUCGGGCGACGUUAA